AUGGCACAGAUAUCCACUGGUACCUUCUCUCCUGAACAUUCCGCCAUAACUUCACCCUACCGUAUAAUGUCGAUUAAGAAUGCACCACCUAACAGCGUCUUCGAGGCUGUCUCCAAGGUUUCCAACAUUUCAUUGGACACCAUGAGUGUCGAAGACCGCAACUACUUCAAGGACGUCUACGGAAUCGAGUUUCUCAACGCCACAUCAAACCAACCUAUAUUGUAUAGUAACUGGCUCACCCACACACAUAACAUCACCAAAGCGGCGGAGAUUGUCAAUAAAUCUGGCCAAUUAUCAUCUAUUCCAAAGUCCACAUCCGAUGACUCGUUCGACGAUUACGUUGAGAAGGUAAUCAUCCAGGCCAUCGCCGUCAACGGCGCCUUGCAAUCCUCCGGUAUCAAGGGCUGUGUUCUAUCCCAGGUUGACCCAAACUUAGCCAACGAUACCGAUGGAAUUGUCAGAUACGCCACCGCCAUUAUAAACGCGUACGCCGCGGUAGGCAUCGACAAGAACAAGGUCAUAAUCAAGAUCCCCAUUUCCUGGAACGCCAUGCAGGCCGCAAAACGUCUUACUGCCGCCGGUGUUCAGUGUCUUGGUACUAUCUGCCACUCUCUCGAGCAAGCGGUUCUCGCGGCUGAGGCAGGCUGUGUUGCUAUCUCGCCUUACGUUGACGAUUUGACAGUUAAUAUGGACCCUGCUUCCUACGUCAGAGGUCCAUUGGAAGAGAAUUACGGAUAUCAGAUAACUAAGAAGAUCCACAUUUACUAUCGUGCGUACGAUAUCAAGACAGUCAUUUGCAUUGCUGCAACUAUUGGUCUUGACGUGAUCCUUGCCCUAAGCGGUGUCGACGAGAUGACUGUCCCUGUAGUUGCGUUGCACAAGAUGUUGAAUAACUCGGUUCCUGAAGGAGUGAUUGUCCCCGGGUUGAAGAAGACUUACACCAAGGAAGAGGCUGGUCCAAGAUUGAGUUUCAUCAAUGGUGAUGCAGAGACCUUCAACAAGACGUAUGAAAACAAUGCAGUUGCCGUGGAGCGAUACAACUUUGCGCUUGAUACAUUUAAGUUGUUCCAAGCCAAGGCGAAGGUCUUGGUCAAGAACGCUUUGCUUGAGUAUGAUUUAGUUGGAAACUGA